UGAAAUCGUGCGUGUGCGAGGAGCCAGCAUUAUGAGCCUCUGACGCACUCCUCCUCUCAAACUUCUUCUCUAGCUGUUCAGUGAUAGGAUGGCUUGGCGGAUAACACCAAACCACUACGAUGUUGUUGUUAUUGGAUCUGGGUUGCCUGAAUGCCUGGUCGCCGGGUCGCUGGUCAAGUCGGGCAAGAGCGUGCUAAUUAUCGAUGCGGUGGACACAUACGGCACCGACUUCGCGUCGUUCACGCCCGCAGCGCUUCAGGACGUCAUACAAUCGCAGCAGCAGCACGCGGCGCAGCCCGGCGAGGUCGGCGAAGCCGGCUCCAACACAUCGCAACACCCCGCACCGGCUUCCCGCCAGCUCCAGCAGCCCGAGCAUGAGCAUUCCAUGCCCGACGCGCUCGUGGCUCCGGCCCCGCUGCCGCCCGGCUGCCGGCUGCUGCGACUGCGCCAGCGGCCGCUGCCGGUGACGGGAGGCGUCCGGGCGAUGGCGGUGCCGGGGGAGGAGGGCGGCGGGCCGGCGGACCGGCGCAGCUACAUCCUGGACCUGGUGCCCAAGCUGGUGUACCAGGGCGAGGCGCUGGUGGACCUGCUGGUGCGCUGCCGCGGCCACCACUACCUGGAGUUCAAGGCGGUGGAGGGGGGCUACCUGCUCCAGGACGGCGGCCUGCAGCCGGUGCCGGCGGGCCGCGCCGACAUCUUCCGCGACCGGCGGCUGGGGCUGGGCGACAAGCGGGCGCUCAUGCGCUUCAUCAGCGGCUGCGUGGAGGCGCGCGCGGGGCAGGGACACCUGCAGGCCGCCCUGUCCAGCUCCUCCACGCCCCUGGCCGCCGUGCUGGCCGACCAGGACCUGCCGCCGCGGCUGCGCGAGCUCAUCCUGUACGGCAUCGCAAUGGCCCACACCGACCAGGAGCCCACCAGCAGCAGCAGCAGCAGCAUCGCGCCGGAGGGGGCGCAGGAGGAGGAGCGGGAGAAACAGGAGGCAGCGACAGCAGGGGCCGCAGCAUCCGCGCCAGCGCCAUCAGCGCCACCAGCGCUGGCGUUAACACAUGCGGCACCACCAGCACCCGCACCACUCGCACCACCAGCAACCGCACCAGCAGCGCAGCAGCUGCUGAGCGGCGCGGCGGGCGCGGCGGCUCUGGAGCUGCUGACUCGCAGCCAGGGCCGGUUCGGGCACGAGGGCGCCUUCAUGGUGCCCAGCUACGGCUGCGGCAGUGUGGCGGAGGGCUUCGUGCGACUGGCGGCGGUGCAUGGCGCGGUCACGGUGCUGCGGCAGCCGGUGCAGGCGCUGGUGCUGGGCGGGAGGGGCGCGGCGGGGCGGCGGCUGGCGGCGGCGCUGGAGCGGGAGGAGCGGGAGAGGGAGCGGGAGAGAGAGGAGAAGGAGGGGACGCGGGAAAAGGAGGGCGGGGGGAGCCAGGAGCAGCCGAGUAAGACGGAGCAGGUUGUGGAGCAGGCGGAGGAGGAGGAGCGGGAGGAGGAGGAGGCGGCUGGCGAGGAGGAGGAGGCUUGCCUGGGCAUCGUGACGGCGGCGGGGCAGGUGGUGCGCUGCGGCCGCCUGGUCGCCGGGGAGGGCACUCUCAGAUGCCUGGAGGGAGCCAGCGGUCGCUCCGGGCCGCAGCCGCCACCGGCACAGGCGGCCGUGUCCAGGGCUGUAGCAGUGCUCGACGGGCCGCUACUGCCGGCGGCCGCGCCAACGGCUGUGGCGGCUGCUGCUGGAGCUACUGCCGGUGCUACAGCCUCGGCACAGCCUCAGCCGCAGCCGCAGUCGCUUGUGUGUGUUGUGGUGCCGCCGCGGUCGGGGGGCGUGGGCGGCGCCGCCAUCGGCAAUCCGCACCCGGUGCAGGGGUUGCAGAUGGGCGCGUCCACACACGUGUGCCCACAGGGCAGGUACCUGCUGUACCUCAGCACGCCCGCCAGCCCCGGCUCCGGCUCCGGCCCCGGCUCCGGCUCCGCGCACGCCGACCUGUGGCGCGCCCUGGCGGCCCUGGCGGACGUGUCCGGCCUCACAGACCUGGGCACCGAGCCGCCCUCAACACAGGGCGCGGGUGGGGCGGCGGCGGCAGUGGCAACGCGCGCAGCAGCAGAGGCGGCGUUGCCGGAGGGAGCGGCUGAGGUAGGGCCGCGCCGGCCGCGUGUGCUGCGAGCCUGGUUCUUCCGCCAGCCGGUGACCUCGUACCAGCAAGAGCAGGAGCAGGCGGCGGCCUCCACCGGGAGCGGCGCAGCGGCUCUCGGGGCGGGCGGGCUGCCGGGGGCGGUGGUGUCGGUGCCGGGGCCGGACGGCUCUCUGGCGGGUUACACACACGUGCUGCAGGCCACAGAGCGCGUGUUCAGGUCCGCCUUCCCCGACGCCACGUGGCUGGCUGACAUGGACUUCAGCAAGCAGCGGCGGCAGGAGCAGGAGCAGGGGGAGGGAGGCGACGGCGGCGAGGGGCAGGAGGGCGAGGAGGGCGCCGCGGGUGGCGGCGGCGGCGUUGAGGAGGAGGAGGACGAAGACGCGGACGCUAUUGAUGACUUGCAGGCGGCACUGGCCAGGCUCAAACAGGCCGAGGCGUGAGGAAGAGGAACGCGCGCGCUGCUGCGCAAGUGCCAGGGAGCACAGGACGGAGCUCAAGGGGCGGGGUGGGACGGCUGUGGUCCGGACUGCAGGAUGUUGCAUGGGCCCCGGUCCCGCCCCCUUACCGCAUGUUAUGAUGCAGACACAUGGAAGUCUGGGAAUGGGGACACGGCUGUAACACGCACACACA